AUGACAGGCUCAAGCGAAGCAACGGAGUCGCAUACCCUCUUCACGAUUCCACAUGUCGCGGCUGCAAUUAUCACCUACUGGAUCGUGGCGACCACCUACAACCUGAUCACAUCGCCAACACCGCCAUCAAGUAUACCAUGGAUGGGCUACGGGAAGGGCUGGAUCGCUGACUUCCGCAAUUUCACUGCGUUGACUAAGAGCAAGGAAUGGCUGUUGGCCGGUUACGACAAGUAUAGUCGCAAUGACAAGGUCUUUGUGUUACCACCAACGCUUGGCAUGGCAGCUGAGAUUGUAAUUCCGCGAAGUCAAAUGGGCUGGAUGUUUGACCAACCGGAUACUGUACUGAGUACAAGUGAAGCGCAUUACGACUUCCUCCAGGGCGAUUACUCAUUCGUCAAGCCGAUCAUACUGAAGGAUCCCUACCAUGAACAUGUAAUUCACAAGAACCUUGUACGCAAUCUCAAUGCGAUCCUCCCGGAGCUUGAAGAAGAGGUACCCCACGCUAUUUCCGAAGUGUAUGGAACGGAUACAGAUAGUUGGAAAAAGCUGGAUGUUAUGGAUUCUUUCAUGAAGAUGAUUCCAGUCCUGACCAACCGCAUGCUUCUUGGCGGUUCUCUCUGUCGCGAGCGCAAAUUCCUGGAUGCGGUACUGGGUUUUACUGUGGACUGUAUACGUACCCAGAGCCUUAUGCAACUUUUCCCGAAAGCGCUGCACCCAGUGAUUGGGACGUUGUUGAGUCUGACUACAAAGUACCACUACUGGCUGUCAUCGAGAUUCACACUACCCAUGAUCAAGCAGCGUAUCUCAGAUAUCGAGAAAAAGGAUGCUGGCGACCCCGAGUACAAGAACUGGAAAGAGCCGAAUGACUUCAUCAAUUGGAGCUAUCGGACUGCGCAAGCUGAGGGACGACGCGACGAAAUGCAGCCAGAUCGUAUCGCUCAGCGCAUCAUGCCCAUCAAUUUUGCCAGUAUACAUACAACCUCUCUCACGGCUUAUGAGACUAUGGUCAACAUCAUGAGUGCCGGGCCAGAAGUGGUCAAGCAGUUGCGCGAAGAAGCGCAUCGCAUUCUGCAAGAAGAGGGAGGUUGGACCAAGCAGGGUCUGAGUCGCAUGCAUCGUAUCGACUCUGCUAUCCGCGAGUCACAACGCGUCGCACCUAUUGCACUUACGUUCGUUCAUCGUAAAGUAGUAGCGAAAGAAGGGGUUACAACACCCGAGGGCGUACAUGUCAAGUAUGGAACGCUUCUCUCAUGUCCAUGGACGCCGCUGGCUGGUGAUACAGACAUACACGAAAAGCCAGAGGAAUUUGAUGCAUUCAGAUACUCGAGACCUAGGGAAGAGUAUGAGGCGAUGGAUGCGGAAGAAAGAAAGAAGAUCGAUGCGUUGAAACUGAAGCAAACAGGUCUUGUCACUACAGGAGUGCAUCACCUUCCUUUCGGUCAUGGGCGUCAUGCUUGUCCGGGACGCUUCUUUGUUUCCCACGAACUGAAGAUGAUUUUCGCCGACUUGCUACUCAACUACGACAUCAAGCCGCUUGCGGAGAAGCCCAAGAAGAUAUGGGUGAUUAGAUUCCAGGUCCCAAUGCCAGCAACAAUUGAGGUCCGACGUCGGAAGAGUGUAUGGAAACCAGAGGCCGCCUCGUGA